GCCCAGACUGGCAGUUAGCAGCGACUCCCCUUUGUGUCUGGGCUGGCAACGGGGCGCGAGCAGGAGCCAGCCGGGGCUGGGAGGCGACGCGUGUGAAUCCCCCGCACCUCUCCUGGCCGAGCCCGUCUGUGGAGGGCGAGGGCAGGGAGCAGGAGCUGCCGCGCGGGGGAGUCAGCCUGUGGGAAGGCGCCGGGCUCCGCUCCCGCCCCGGGGGCACCCCGCAGCCCGGGACCGCCGGCGGAAGCCCCGGGACGCCCCUCGCGGGGUCUCUCUAGGCGGAGCAGCGCUGCCCGCCGACGGCGGGGGAAGGGGCGAGGAGGAGACGGGAGGAGGAGGGAGAGGGGCCUCUGUCGCUCUCCCGGCCGGCGGCGAGCAGGACCUGGAGCCUGAGCCAUUGCUUAGCUGGAGGCACCCGGGCGGGCGCCCUCCCUUCGGAGGGGCGAGGGCUGCGCUCGAGUCCUGUGCGGCUGAAGAGCCCAGAUGGGCCAAGGCGCAGCCUGUCCGUGGAAGUGACUGAGGGCGCCUCUCCUCGUUACGGAAGAGGGCGAAGGCAGACCGAGACCGUCCGCGGGAUGGGAGGCGUCUCUGGCCCCCGUCUUCUUCAGAGCUUGUUCCGCGUAGCCAGGGCCGAGUAAGGAGGCUCCAGAGGUGACCGUUGCUGUCGAUUCCCCCUCACCCCUGGAUAUGUUUCAUGCCAAACCUGGAUGCUUCUUUGAUAUCGUGAAGUUGCGUGGGAAAUAGUCUGGGUUUCCGGUGUGACCGCAAGAGUAGCUGCUCACCUAGGGGAAGGGAAAUGCACCUGGGUUUGGAGACAAAACCUCCCUUUUCUAUGGUCGUUAGAAAGAAGAGGAGCCAAGUCCCGAGGCAUGAAGACAGAUACGUGUAAUGGAGUAAGACCUCAGACAGCUCCUGUCAUCUGCCGUUUGCCCUUCCAGACUGGAUUGUGAUCCAAGAGAGUUUUAAGAUUGUUUAGAAAAGGGAGGAAAUUCCUCCUUUCGGUAUUUUUUUCCCUUCUGCCUCCUUCUUUGGCUUCCUCAGGUAUGAGUGCCUCUCUGCAGCACCUUUUGCGGGUGCUCUUGCUCUCCAGUGCCACCCUGCUGCUCAGCACUGCGGCUGCUACCCAGAGUGAGGAGCGGUUGUGUGCAUUUAGGGACCCAUAUCAACAAGACCAUGGAAUCAGCGAGAGUCGAAUCUCUCAGGAGAAUGGCACAAUUUUGUGUAUGAAAGGCAGCACCUGCUAUGGACUUUGGGAAAAAACACGAGAAGGAGACAUACAUCUAGUAAAACAAGGAUGCUGGUCUCACAUAGGAGACCCACAGGAGUGUCACUUUGAGGAGUGUAUAGUAACAACCACCCCUUCCUUGAUUCAGAAUGGAACGUAUCGCUUCUGCUGCUGCAGCACUGACUUGUGUAAUGUCAACUUCACUGAAAACUUUCCUCCUCCUGACCCAACUGAUACAACACCUUUCAAUUCAUCUAAUUCUUUUCACCGAGAUGAGACUAUUGUUAUUGCCUUGGCCUCAGUGUCUGUAUUAGCUGUUUUGAUUGCUGCUAUAUUCUUUGGAUAUAGGAUGCUUGCAGGGGACCGUAAGCAAGGUCUACACAGUAUGAACAUGAUGGAGGCAGCAGCAUCAGAGCCUUCACUAGACCUGGAUAAUCUAAAAUUGUUAGAGCUGAUUGGCCGGGGGCGAUAUGGAGCAGUGUAUAAAGGUUCCCUAGAUGAGCGUCCAGUGGCUGUAAAAGUAUUUUCCUUUGCUAACCGCCAGAACUUUAUCAACGAGAGGAACAUUUACAGAGUCCCACUGAUGGAGCAUGACAAUAUUGCCCGCUUCAUUGUGGGAGAUGAGCGAUUCACUGCAGAUGGACGUAUGGAAUAUUUGUUGGUGAUGGAAUAUUAUCCCAAUGGUUCUUUGUGCAAGUAUUUGAGUCUUCACACCAGUGACUGGGUGAGCUCCUGUCGUUUGGCACAUUCGGUAACCAGGGGUCUGGCAUACCUUCACACAGAGUUACCUCGAGGAGACCAUUAUAAACCUGCAAUUUCCCAUCGCGACUUGAACAGCCGUAAUGUAUUGGUGAAGAAUGAUGGAACAUGUGUAAUUAGUGAUUUUGGAUUAUCCAUGAGAUUAACUGGAAAUCGACUGGUACGUCCGGGCGAGGAGGACAAUGCAGCCAUUAGUGAGGUUGGUACAAUCCGCUAUAUGGCUCCUGAAGUGCUAGAAGGAGCAGUGAACUUGAGGGACUGUGAAUCUGCUCUGAAACAAGUAGAUAUGUAUGCACUAGGCCUUAUCUACUGGGAGAUCUUCAUGAGAUGCACAGACCUCUUCCCAGGGGAGUCGGUGCCAGAGUACCAGAUGGCAUUCCAGACAGAAGUUGGAAACCAUCCCACUUUUGAAGAUAUGCAAGUACUGGUAUCUAGGGAAAAGCAACGACCCAAAUUCCCAGAAGCUUGGAAAGAGAACAGCCUGGCUGUGAGGUCCCUGAAAGAGACAAUCGAAGACUGUUGGGACCAAGAUGCUGAAGCUCGACUGACAGCCCAGUGUGCUGAAGAACGGAUGGCUGAACUCAUGAUGAUUUGGGAGAGGAACAAAUCAGUCAGCCCAACAGUCAAUCCUAUGUCUACUGCCAUGCAGAAUGAGCGCAACCUGUCACAUCACAGGCGUGUGCCAAAAAUCAGGCCAUAUCCAGAUUACUCUUCUUCCUCCUAUAUUGAAGACUCAAUCCACCACACUGACAGUAUAGUGAAGAACAUUUCUUCUGAGCAUUCAGUGUCCACUACACCAUUGACUUCAGGGGAGAAGAACAGAAACUCCAUUAACUAUGAACGACAGCAAGCACAGGCUCGCAUCCCUAGCCCUGAGACUAGUGUCACCAGUUUGUCCACCAACACAACUACCACCAACACAACUGGCCUUACUCCUAGCACUGGCAUGACUACCAUAUCUGAGAUGCCUUACUCAGAUGAAACAAACCUACAUGCUACAAAUGUCAUGCAGUCUGUUGGACCAACUCCUGUUUGUCUUCAGCUAACAGAGGAGGACUUAGAAACCAACAAGCUGGAUCCAAAAGAAGUAGAUAAGAACCUAAAGGAGAGCUCUGAUGAGAAUCUGAUGGAGCAUUCCCUUAAACAGUUCAGUGGACCAGAUCCACUCAGCAGCACCAGCUCCAGCUUGCUUUACCCACUGAUCAAACUUGCAGCAGAGGUGACAGGACAGCAGGACUUCACACAAGCUGGGAAUGGUCAAGCAUGUUUGAUUCCAGAUGUCCCAUCCACUCAGGUCUACCCUCUACCCAAGCAGCAGAACCUUCCGAAGAGGCCAACCAGUCUACCUUUAAACCCCAAAAAUUCAACAAAGGAGCCACGACUGAAAUUUGGUGGCAAGCACAAAUCAAACUUGAAGCAAGUGGAAACUGGAGUUGCCAAGAUGAACACUAUCAAUGCUGCAGAACCUCAUGUGGUAACAGUUACCAUGAAUGGAGUGGCCGGGAGAAGCCAAAGCAUAAACUCGCAUGGUGUAGCAACCCACUAUGCCAAUGGUGUAGUGCCAUCUGGCCAGACAACCAGUUCAGUGGCACACAGGGCCCAGGAAAUGCUGCAGAAUCAGUUCAGUGGAGAAGACAGUCGGCUGAAUAUUAACUCAAGCCCCGAUGAGCAUGAACCCUUACUGAGACGGGAGCAGCAAGUUGGCCAAGAUGAAGGUGUUCUGGAUCGUCUAGUGGACAGGAGAGAGCGACCGCUAGAUAAUGGCCGAACAAACACCAAUAACAACAACAGUAAUCCAUGUCCAAUGCAAGACAUUACUACACUUGGCACCCAGAGAAUGACAACAUAUCCUGGGCAGACCCAGACUAGAAGAGCACAGAGGCCUAAUUCACUAGAUCUAUCAGCCACAAAUACUUUGGACAGCAGUAGCUUGCAGUUAGGUGACUCAUCACAAGAUGGCAAACCGGGCUCAGGAGAAAAGAUCAAGAAACGUGUGAAAACUCCAUAUUCACUUAAGAGGUGGCGCCCUUCAACAUGGGUCAUCUCCACUGAACCACUGGACUGCGAAGUCAACAACAAUGGCAGUGAUAGGGCAGUCCACUCUAAAUCCAACACUGCUGUUUACCUUGCAGAUGGAGGUACUGCUACAACAAUGGUGUCUAAGGAUGCAGGAGUGAACUGCCUGUGAAAUAUUUUAAAAGCCAACAAAAUGACAUUUUUGCAUUAUUUGAAACGAACAUGCAGAAGACAUUUUAAAAAACUGCUUUCUCCUCCUGUCAGCACCCCCUGCCAAGAACUUGCUUUAAAUGGAUUUCAGCUAUGCAGAAAUUUUUUAGCUUAUGCUUCCAUAUUUUUUGUUUCAUUUUUUGAAUGUUUUUGCACUUUUAUUUAGUAUCGCUAAAGUUAAGUCUGUCUGUUUUUGACCACAGAAUUAUAUAUAUGUGUAUCAAAAAUGUGGUCUCAAAAUAUUUUUUUAAAAAAAACAACAAAAAAAUUUAUUGCUGAUAAUCAGUUUGGACCAGUUCCUAAAGAUCACUAAAAACAUAAGCAGACUAUAAGACAGGUUUGACUGCAGUGGUGUCUUGUAUCCAUGUUUUGAUUUCUGUGCACAAGUUAAUUAGUAUGUUUCUAUGUUACAGAGUGUAUUAUCUUUUGAAUGCCCUACUUUUCUUGUGUUAUGUUGAAAUGUGCAAUAGUCUAUAGUUCACAGUACGCUUUAUUGGAAAGUAUGUUUAUAAAACUGCCACACAUUCUCCCCCUCUUUGUGAGUAUUUGUUAAUUUUUUUCCUGUUUGGCAGUUGAUCAUUCAUGACAGUGAACUUUGCACACCAUAGCCAGCUUGAAGCAGCUGCCUAUAUCUAUCAUUGAGCUCUAAGAUUAUAAUGGAAAAUGCAUGAAUUUUCCCCAUCUUGAAAGGACUUUUAAAAGGAACAAACAAAAUAUGAUUUCAGCUGCCUUUCUUUUCAACCUUCCAUAUCUUAACCAGUUUCCUUCAUAGGAGACAUGACACCGGAAGGGGAAGCUCUAAGCAAGACAGUGUUGAACAAAGUGUGAGGAAACAAAGUAAGUCUGCCAUAUUUGAUUUUUGCUGCAGUUUCAGUUUGUAUUUAUGAACAUUUUUUAUUGAAUGCUAUUAUUGUGUAUUUAUCAGAAAUCCUAAUGAACUGUCCUACUAAGAUCUUGAGUAUACGCAGUUGCAUUUUGUUCCUUACAAGAGAAAAAAGCCUGACUUAUGAUUGACACAAAACAGUCAUGUGAUGAGCAACUAAGCGUCUAUUAAAUACCUCUGUAGAGGUAAAUAUU